GAAACAUCGGGGCUAAAACCCUAAAAACGAGCGGCUCUCCAUAGCAAAACCCUAAUUUCAUCCCACAAAGGGCAAAACCCCUUCGCUGCUGACUUGGAGAUCUUCGUCUCCAAUGGCGUUGUAUCUUCUCUACGAAUCUGCGUCUGGAUAUGGACUGUUUUUGGCUCACGGUAUUGAUGAAAUCGGGCAAAACACAGAGGCUGUUCGUAACUCGGUAGUCGAUCUGAAUCGAUUUGGGAAGGUUGUUAAGCUUGCCGCUUUUAAUCCUUUUGAAUCAGCUCUCGAUGCUCUCAAUCAGUGCAAUGCCGUCUCCGAAGGCCAAAUGACUGAUGAGUUGAGGAACUUCUUGGAGCUUAGCCUUCCUAAAGUCAAGGAAGGCAAGAAACCUAAGUUCAGCUUAGGAGUAGCAGAUCCCAAAAUUGGGUCUCACAUAUAUGAAGAAACUAAAAUUCCCUGCCAGAGCAAUGAGUUUGUGCUUGAGCUUGUUCGAGGUGUCCGUUUGCAUUUUGAUAGAUUCAUUGAGAAUCUCAAGCCUGGCGACUUGGAGAAAGCCCAACUCGGUCUCGGCCACAGUUAUAGCAGGGCAAAGGUUAAAUUCAAUGUUAACCGUGUUGACAAUAUGGUUAUUCAAGCAAUUUUUCUCCUAGAUACUCUUGAUAAGGAUGUCAAUUCAUUUUCCAUGAGAGUCAGGGAAUGGUACUCAUGGCAUUUUCCUGAGCUAGUGAAGAUUGUCAAUGACAACUAUCUGUAUGCUAAACUUGCAAAAUAUAUAGAGGACAAAUCAGAGUUAUCUGAAGAUAAAUUAGCAGGCCUUGUGGAUAUACUUGGGGAUGAAGAUAAAGCAAAGGAAGUAAUUGAAGCUGCUAAAGCGUCCAUGGGCCAGGAUUUGUCACCAAUUGACUUGAUCAAUGUCAAGAUGUUCGCCCAGAGGGUGAUGGAUCUUGCUGAGUAUAGGAAAAAACUUUAUGAUUACCUCGUUGUUAAAAUGAGUGACAUUGCACCUAAUUUGGCUGCUCUAAUCGGUGAAGUUGUUGGAGCUCGUUUGAUAUCUCAUGCUGGUAGCCUAACGAAUCUGGCCAAGUGCCCAUCUUCUACCCUUCAAAUCCUUGGUGCUGAGAAGGCGCUUUUCAGGGCUUUGAAAACCAAGGGAAACACCCCGAAGUACGGGCUUAUUUUUCAUUCAUCUUUUAUUGGACGGGCAUCUGCUAAGAACAAAGGUCGGAUGGCUCGUUAUCUGGCAAACAAGUGUUCCAUUGCUUCUCGAAUUGAUUGCUUCUCAGAGAAAAGUACCACUUCAUUUGGAGAAAAACUUCGUGAACAAGUUGAGGAGCGUCUCGACUUUUAUGACAAGGGGGUUGCUCCUCGUAAAAACAUUGAGAUGAUGAAAGCUGCCAUGGAAGAUGCUUCAAAUCAAGAUCUUCGUUUUGUUUCAGAUACAGAAAUGGAUGUGGAGAAAACUUCCGAACCCACACCAAAGAAAAGCAAGAAAAAGAAAUCCAAAGGCGACGAGGAUGGAACGACGACAGAGGACAAAGAAAACAACGUUGCAAAUGGAGAAUCCAAGUCCGGGAAGAAGAAAAAGAAGCGAUCACUCGAAGAAAGAUUAGAACCCAACGAGAAUGACGACAAAGAAAAUGGAACGAACGGUGACGAAACGGAAAAGAAGAAAAAGAAAAAGAAAAGUAAAGAUGUUGAAAUGGAGGAUGUGAGUGAAGAAGGUAAGAAGAAGAAGAAAAAGAAGAAGAAAUCUGGUAAAGAUUAGGGGUUAAAUUAUGGUUCUUGAAAACCUACCUUUGUAAUCUAUAAUAGUUGUUAUGGUUUAAUGGUUAAUGGUGUUUGUUGCUUGUCCAAGCACUACUUGGGUGACUUGAUAUCAAAUUUUGUUGCAACUUUUUUAAUUUUGGUAUUUGUGUGUGUUUUUGGC